GAGCGUCGCCUCUUCUGCUCGAGGCGCCGGCUGCCGGGGGGAGACGCCCCCGCCCGCGCGGGGGGGGGAGGCCCGCGCGGGGAGGCCGCCCCCCGGCACACACCGCGGGGGGCGCCGCGGCCGCGAGGCACCGCCACGGGAGGGGCGUUGAUUGCGGCGCGUCCAGAUCCCUCGGGCUGCCACCGGAGACGGGCGCGCUUCGCCCGCUCCUGCGGCCGCCUCGUGGGGCGGCGGGGAGCCAUGAGCGCGGGCAGCCCCGCCCAGGAGCCCGCGGCGCCCCAGCGCCUCGUCUACGAGACGCCCUGGCCGGCCUACGCGCUGGCGUGGUCCGCGGACCCGCGGCCGGGCGUGCGGCUGGCCGUUGGGAGCUGCCUGGAGCAGGACUCGAACAAGAUCCACGUGGUUGAGCAGGCCGAGGAUAGGACGGGUGCUCUGGAGCUGAAGGCAGCCGUGGACCACCCGCUGGCCCCCACGAAGUUGAUGUGGAGGCCGUCGUGCGCGGAGACCGGCAAGGGCGACGACCUGCUUGUGUCGGCCAGCACCAUCGGGUGCCCAGCUCUGGAAGCUCCAGGAGGGCAAGCUGGUGCAGGUGGCGAAGCUCGCGAACACGCGCUCGUCGCAGGGGAACCACGGCAUGGCGCCCGUGACCGCCUUCGACUGGAGCACCGAAAACACCGCGAAGAUCGGCUCUUCCUCGGUUGA